UAAUUAGUUUAACUUAUCUAAACAGCACAAAACAUUCACUACCAUUAUUAAACUCUAAACUUCACCAUAGACACAUACACACAAUUAGAUUUGCAUUCCAAUUUCCAAUCAAAGCAAAGAGAUCAUCAUGGAUUCCAAACCUCAUGUCAUGUGUAUACCUUUCCCUGCCCAAGGCCACAUAAACUCCUUACUCAAGCUUGCCAAGCUUCUUCACUCCAAUGGCUUCAUCAUCACCUUUGUCCACAAUAAGUCCACUCAUUCUCGCAUCCUGAAAUCCUCUGGAGACUCUUCUCUCCAUGAUUCCCAUGACUUCUAUAUCCAAACCAUGGAAGUAGAUGAAGGGGAGAUAGUGCCCUUCUCUCUUGCUACAUAUGAUAACAUGCGUUUGAUCGCCUUCCGAUCACUCAUGUCGAAGCUUAAUGAUCCAUCCUCCAGUGUUCCUCCGGUCACUUGCAUCAUUUCCGAUUUCGUCUUUAGCUUUGCCUAUGAAGCUGCAGCUGAGUUUCAACUCCCCCAUGUGACUUUCAGCUCGCUUGGUGCUUUUAGUUUCAUGAGCUUCCUCCAUUUCAAGCAACUCAUUGAGCAAGGCCUUAUACCUCUCAAAAGUGAGGGUGACCUUACCAACGGAUACCUGGACACACCUAUUGAUUGGAUACCAGGAAUGAAGAAUAUUCAUCUGAAGGAUCUACCAAGUUUUGUCAGAACAACUGAUCCAAAUGAUCUUGCUCUGAAUUUCAUGAUCCAUAUUUUCCAGAAGGUUUUUCAGACCUCAGCCAUCAUCAUCAACACAUUUGAUGAUCUAGAAGGCACUGUUUUGCAAGCCAUGGCAGAGAUGCUUCCCCCCAUCUACACAGUAGGGCCACUUUCCUUAUUCUCUGACCAUGGUUCAAGCUUCUGGAAAGAGGACAUGAAUUGUUUGGAAUGGUUGGAUGGCAAGCUACCAAAGUCUGUCAUUUAUGUCAACUUUGGAAGCAUUGCAGUGCUAACAAAAGAGCAACUGACAGAGUUUGCAUGGGGAUUGGUAGACAGUGAACAUGACUUCUUGUGGAUCAUUAGACAAGGCCUUGUUAAGGGUGAUCAAGAGAGUGAUGUUGUUCUCCCUGAAGAGAUCUUGAGAGAGAUGAAUGGGAGGGGACUGAUAACUAGUUGGUGUCAACAAGAGAAGGUGCUAUCCCACCCAUCCAUAGCAGGGUUCUUGACACACAAUGGAUGGAAUUCAACAUUGGAGAGCAUUAGUGCUGGAUUGCCCAUGUUAUGCUGGCCUUAUUAUGCGGAUCAACAAACAAACUGUCACUAUGUUUGCAAAGAAUGGGGCAUGGGCAUGGAGAUUGAACAUGAUGUGAAGAGAGAGAAGGUUACAUCUUUGAUCAAGGAGUUGAUGGGUGGAGAGAAGGGGAAAGAGAUGAAGGAGAAGGCGUUGGAAUGGAAGGAGUGUGCAUUUAGAGCAAUCAAAGAAGAUGGUUCGUCUUCCUUAAAUUUGGACAAACUUGUUAAAGAGCUCCUACAAAGAAGAGAUGCAAUUUGAAGUGCUUUUCUCAUUUCUUGAUUAAUUGAAAUCGUUGCCCACACGUUUCAUUAGGUUUUAUGUCCCUUGUUCUGGGAGGAACUACUACAUUAAUUGUUUUGAAUGGAAUUGAAGGUGGUUUUUUAUUUUAUUUUAUUUUAUUAUUUAUUUUUUUAUCAAGCGGGCAAGCCAAGCACCAAGGACGUGCACACCACCUAGAAUUUAGUUUGUGAACACUCACCUUGUGACUGUAAGUCUUCUCUAAUAAUCAAUUGGUCUUUUUUGG